CCGUUUGUUUCCAGAUGAGUAAACAGUAAAAACAAAGCAAUGCGGCUAAACAGAUCGAAUUACACAGCCCUUUGAUAGUGAAAGUCUGACCUUGAAUUUAAAUGCUUAUACUUAAUUAAGUGACAACAAAUACGCUAAAUAUGAAUGGAAGCAGAUGAUCGGAUGUUGACGUUGUAAAAUUCGCGUUGCCCCCUUUUUUUUUCUUGCCAAAAUAUAUGUGAUCUCUUUGUGUUCGUGCGGUUUUUGUUCUUGUCUGUUUUUUUUUAGCCGCGUGUCUUAUUGGACAUCCCAAAUUACUGUAUAUUAAUUAAAUAUACAAACUUCAUGUCUAAGGACUCGGACGUAGAGCAGGCGGUAAAGGAAAUCAAAGUGGAGCCCGCUAUGACGCAGGAAUCACCUGCAGCGCCGGCGGCAGCUCCUGCCACAGUCUCCACCGCUACCACGGUGAUCGCUGUGACCAAUGGAGAAAAGCCAAUGGAAGUGACACCUGCAGCAGCAACAUCAGCAAUACCAGCAGCAGCAGCAGCAGCAGCGACAGCAACAGCAGAACAAGUGCAACCAGCAACAACUAUUGGAGGCAUUGAAUUGGCAGCAACGGCAACAGGCAACGGAAAGGCCAACAUGGACCCGGCGCUGAUCAACUUUAAGGUGCUCUAUGUGCUCACCCAGCUGUGCGGUUUGACGAUGAUCGUCCUGGUGGGCACUUGGAUUGGACAGCAUUUUGGCGGCCUGGGCGGAACCGCCAAUCCUAAGCUGGAGUUCAACUGGCAUCCGCUGUUCAUGACCAUUGGUUUUAUCUACUUGUAUGGCAACUCUAUACUGAUCUACCGCGGCUUCCGCACCACGCGCAAGAAGACACUGAAGCUCACCCACGCCGGCAUCCACAUGGCCGCCUUCAUUCUCACGGUGAUUGCCCUGAAGACGGUCUUCGAUUCGCACAACCUGGCCAGUCCGCCCAUUCCCAAUAUGUAUUCGCUGCACUCGUGGCUGGGCCUCUCCGCGGUGAUCGUCUUCUCGCUACAGUAUGUUGCCGGCUUUGUGGCUUUCCUGGCCCCUGGUCUGCGGGAGAACUACCGGAUUGCGAUGAUGCCGUUGCACAUCUAUUUUGGUCUCUUUGGAUUUGUUCUGGCCAUUGCCAGCGCCCUGAUGGGUCUCACCGAGAAGGCCAUAUUUGCCAUCACCAAUCCCCCGUAUUCCACACUGCCGCCUGCUGGUGUCCUAGCCAACGUAAUUGGCGUUCUGUACGUGGUCUUUGGAGCCUUGGUCGUUUACCUGGCCACGGAACCCUCGUACAAACGCAAGCCCAUACCCGAGGAUACGGCUCUGCUGAACUCUAGCCCCGCCAAUGAGUAAGGAUCAUGCGACCAGACCCCAAAACCAGCUGCUUUGCGUACAUAAGCUGACGAAACUGUGCACAAAACCAAACCAAACCGAAACCUGAUUACACGAAUGGUGCUUUUUGUUGAGGAAGGAAGAUGGAGGUGGAAAUACGUGCUGUUUGUAAUUGUCGAGAUGCAUGUUUAAUCCGUUGCAUAUAUAUAACUUAAUGACUAUGUAUGAUUCUGAAUUAUCCACAUACGUAUACUUGGAUCACCAGUUGUUCAAAGUUGCAUAUAUAUAACUUAAUGACUAUGUAUGAUUCUGAAUUAUCCACAUACGUAUACUUGGAUCACCAGUUGUGCAAAGAUUUCAGCGAGUGCUCAAAUCUAACUUACUUAACCUCAUGCAGAACAUUUGCUUUAAACUGUAUCUAUGUUAUGUGUGUUAUGUCUAAAUAAAUAAAUCAAUAUUGAUA